AGGACAGAAGAAAAUCAGACUGCUGGAGUCACCUUCAUCCUCGUGGGCUUCUCAGAAUACCCAGACCUCCAGGUGCCCCUGUUCCUCGUGUUCCUGACCAUCUACACAGUCACUGUCCUGGGAAACCUGGGCAUGAUUUUGAUCAUCAGGAUCAACCCCAAACUCCACACCCCUAUGUACUUUUUCCUUAGCCACUUGUCCUUUGUGGAUUUAUGUUAUUCUACAUUAGUUUCACCAAAACUAUUAGAAAACUUGGUUGUGGAAGACAGAACCAUCUCCUUUGCAGGAUGCCUCCUACAAUUCUCUUUUGCAUGCAUAUUUGUGAUUACAGAAACGUUCAUGUUGGCAGCCAUGGCCUACGACCGCUUUGUGGCAGUUUCUAAUCCGUUACUUUACACUGUUGUGAUGUCUCAGAAACUUUGUUACUUGUUGGUGGCUGCGUCAUACUCUUGGAGUAUAGUGUGUUGUAUAACAUUUACGUCAUCUUUGUUGACCUUAUCCUUUUGUGGGAUUAAGCUUAUAAAUAACUUUGUCUGUGAAUACGCUGCCAUUGUUGCAGCAUCCUGUUCUGAUGCCUCCAUUAGUCAGAUGAUCAUUUUAGUUGGUGCCACGUUCAAUGAAGUAAGCAGCCUGAUGAUAAUUCUUACUACUUACAUCUUCAUUUUUAUCACAGUCCUGAAGAUGCCUUCCACUGGAGGGCGCCACAAAGCCUUCUCCACAUGUGCCUCCCACCUGACAGCCAUUACCAUUUUCCAUGGGGCCAUCCUUUUACUCUACUGUAUUCCUAAUUCCAAAAAUUCAUGGCUGAUUCUCAAGGUAGGCUCUGUCUUUUAUACGGUAGUCAUUCCCAUGCUUAACCCACUGAUCUACAGCCUCAGAAACAAAGAUGUGAAGGAGACUGUGAGUAAGUUAAUCAACAACAAAUUGUUACAUCAUAAAAUAUAA